AUGCCGGGCCUCAGCAGGGCCGCCCUGUACAGCCGCCUCCAGGAGUUCCUGCUCAGCCAGGACCAGCUCAAGGAGAACGGCUACCCCUUCCCGCACCCCGAGCGGCCCGGAGGCGCCGUCCUCUUCACUGGCCAGGGGAAGGGGCCCGGCGACUCCUCCUGCAGGGUCUGCUGCCGUUGUGGCACCGAGUACCUGGUGUCCUCCUCGGGCCGCUGUGUACGCGACCAGUUGUGUUAUUAUCACUGGGGGCGGGUCCGCUGGAGCCAGGUGGCUGGAGGCCGGGUUAGCCAGUACACCUGCUGUGCAGCUGCUCCUGGCUCUGUGGGCUGCCAGGUGGCAAAGCAGCACGUGCGGGACGGCCGCAAGGACAGCCUCGAUGGCUUCGUGGAGACCUUCAAGAAAGAGUUGUCCAGAGACGCUUAUCCAGGAAUCUACGCCUUGGACUGUGAGAUGUGCUACACCACGCAUGGCCUAGAGCUGACCCGCGUCACCGUGGUGGACGCCGACAUGCGAGUGGUGUACGACACCUUCGUCAAGCCCGACAACGAGAUCGUGGACUACAACACCAGGUUUUCCGGAGUCACCGAGGCCGACGUCGCCAAGACGAGCAUCACCUUGCCCCAAGUGCAAGCCAUCCUGCUGAGCUUUUUCAGCGCCCAAACCAUCCUCAUCGGGCACAGCCUGGAGAGCGAUCUGCUGGCCCUGAAGCUCAUCCACAGCACCGUGCUGGACACGGCCGUGCUCUUCCCGCACUACCUGGGUUUCCCCUACAAGCGUUCCCUCAGGAAUCUCGCGGCCGACUACCUGGGACAGAUCAUCCAGGACAGCCAGGACGGCCACAACUCCAGCGAGGACGCAAACGCCUGCCUGCAGCUGGUGAUGUGGAAGGUCCGACAGCACGCCCAGAUCCAGCCACGCCACCGGUCCGCCUCUCCCGCCGCCCUGGCCUGUCCUUGGCCCCAGGCCCCUUCCACAACCGCCAUCAGUCCCGAGAGCUCACCCUGUCCACCUCGCCGCAAGGCCAAAGAAACCGGAGCAGUCGACGGCAGGAGAGGGCAAAAAGGCAAGAGUAACCCCAACCGGCCACUCCCAGUCCCCCGGAAUCCCUGCCGCGGACCCUCGGGCCUGUCCCCAUCCCUCUGCCCUUCCCAGACCUCUGUCCUUCCACUAAUCGCCUCCCGCAGCACCGAGCCGCCACUCCCAGUCCCCCGAGUCCCUGCCGCGCCCCCUCGCGCCUGUCCACAUCCCUCUGCCCAUCCGAGACCUCUGUCCUUACACCACUAG